AUGGCAAAGGCAGAGUUUGGAACAGCGAAAUAUCAAUCUAAAAAGCUACGAGCAGCAGGAUUACAAAAAUUGAAGUUUUAUUGCCAAUUAUGCUCGAAACAGUGUCGAGAUUCCAAUGGAUUCAAAAACCAUCUAUCUUCACCACUGCAUAUAAAGAAGGUAUCUGAAAUACACGAAUCUGGUGAUAGCUCCAAACUAAUAGAAACGUACUCUAACAAAUUUGAAGAUGAGUUUAUCAAGUUGCUCCGAAUAAAUCAUGGGACUAAAUUUAUCAAUGCCAAUAAGUUCUACCAAGAAUAUAUCCGUGAGCGAGAUCAUAUUCAUAUGAAUUCCACUAAAUGGAGGAGCCUAACUUCAUUCAUAAAACAUUUGGGUAAAAAUGGAAUUGUGAAGGUACAAACUAGUGAUGAGAACAAUGAAGAAGAGGAGGGGUUCAAUUUAGAAAUUAAAUUGGUUGAUCGCAUGCAGACAUUGAACUCGUAUCAAACCAAUAGUAACAUCAGUGUCUUGGAAGACAAUGACGAAAUGAACGAUGACAAACUAUUACAAAAACAGAUUAAACGAGGUCAGGAAAUGGAGAGAGACAAAGACACCGAGAAGCCAACUUUACAACAACAAGUCCCUAUUUCUGGACCAGUGAAGCUUACACUCAAAAAGAAAAAGGUUUGCGCCACUAAAAAAUUGGUGAAUGCUUUCGAUGACAGUGAAAGUGAGUAA